AAUUAAUUAAUAGAAGCGUUAUAGUUUGUUUUAAGUGCGUGUGUAAAUGAUAUUUUAAACGUAUUAAAUGUUGGCUAGACUGGUAGUUAGGGUUGGCACAGUCAUCUCGGAUGUUUACGUUCACAAAUUCGAAUUAUUUUACCUUGGUGAUUGGUGGAAAUGUUCAACUUUAUCAUUAAUAUUUCAAAUAAAGAACAAGAUAAUAUUUAUUAGAGGUUAAUUUUUAAAAAAUGUCAUCUCAGCAAAACCUACAGGUCCAACUUAAAAAGACUGCAUGUGCAGAAUGGGAAUCAUUUUUUCCAAUGUCGUUGAAGACAUUUUACGAUUCAAAAAUUUUUGUCAAAUAUGUGACCGGUGUGGCUCUCUCGUGCAUAACGUAUGUGCGGAACAUAUUUCCAGAAAAUGCUUACACCGAGAAAGACCUGGAGGGGCGAAAGAUCAAAGUGCUUGCCGGUAACCACGAGUGCCAGAAAGCAUACUUGCUCACCAGAUACAUAAGGAGUGCCCUUGGCGAAGUCGACAGCCAAUAUAUGAGAAAGCUUGUUUUGGAGAUCCUGACUACUAAUGGAGAGCCUAUCGAGUUUUACGCUAUCACAUACAACUAUGAAAAGAAGACAUCCUGCACUUUAACAUUAAGCAAAGACCAUAGCAUAAAUUGUGAUGACUCAGAUGCUAAAAAGACCACUUCUGAAAUAUUAAAAGCUCUGCUUGACUUGACUGAAGAUUGGGGUCCGUUGCCUAAAGUGUACACAUUGCAACUCAGAAUACUAUACUACGAAGACAAAAUACCUGAUCAUUACACACCACAUUAUUUUGUGGAUGAUCCUCCUUUGAACUGGCUAAAUGUCCCUAAGAUAAAAAGGAAGAUUAUAGGAAAGGUGAAUACAAGCUAUCACACUUUUUCAAUUGAAGCUGGUACAGUUGUAGACGUCAAAAAAGAAGAGUUCCCUAGGCUCUCUCAUAGGAAAGAGUUGCAAAAUUGUUUAAAAGAACAGGAAAAAGAUAAUAUUAAGCCGAUAAAAAAAAGAAAAAAAGGAAAGUCGGAAGAUUCUAAAGAAACAGCGGCAUGGAAUUUUGCCAAAAUAAAAUGGCCAACUCCCAAGCUGAAUAUUCCAGUUCUCCUCGAAGAGACGACACAUUUUCCAAGACAGCAACUGUCCGUCAUCGAAGAGGAGAGCACGUUGGACAGUUCACCCAUUGGUGUCAAAGAAGAUGAAACAGACAAAGCGAGCUUGAAAAAGCAGAAAAUCAGUGAUAAAGAUGAUGAAGAUGAAGUCAUCCCUGGCUCACCUGUUUCUACAAAGUUCUCCCUCGAUAUAAGCUCAAAAAACAUCAUGAGCACUGAUAUAAGAGACUUGACAUUUGCAACUGAUUUAUCUUUCAGUGAAAACUCAUCAGCAUUUGAAUUGAAAAAAUAUUUCUCUCAACAAAUCAUCAAAAAUGAGUCCAAUGUUAGAUGUAUAUGUAUGAUUAAUUCAAAAGAUGAAGAAGUAUUUUUAUGCAUACAUUGCAAUAUGCUUCAGCAUUGUUUGUGUUAUAAAAUUUGGCCCAAUAGCAUAAAACCUGUGACAGGGUGUUGUUAUGUAUGUGCGAAGUCUGAUUCAAGUUUGAUUUGCACAGAUGUAGACCUUAUAGCAUACAAGUGUACUCAAUUAGUGAAUCUGACUAAAUAUCGCAGACUGAUCUAUAAAAUGCAGUGGUGUGACAAAAUCAGCAAGCAGAUUUUGUUGAAGGACUUUGAUAUUCCGGAGAAACUUAUAGAGCACAUCAUCAGCAAACUAUUAGAAGAAGGGUAUAUAGAACCGUCGCUGAAGGGUGUGCAUCCAAUCAACAAGAAUCAUUUACAGCAAAGCUUGCAGAAUUACUUCAGGCAUUGAAUUGUAAUAAUUUUAUUUCUAGGAAAAAAUUUAUAAUUUAAAAUUAUGGUUUGUAAAUAUGUAAGUGAAUUGGAAUCACCAGGU